GCUGGACACUAUGACCGCUCAAGGGAUCGCUUCAAUAAUAGUUCUGUUGGCGGAAGCCGUCAUGAUUCUGGUCAUAAGAGAACUUAUCGCGAUACAUCACGAGAUCGCACUGAUGAUAGAAAACGUUCAAGACAAGAUAAAUAUAUUUAGAAAGGUCGAAUUUUGAAAGACGUGAAAACAAAAAAGUAAGCCAUUUACAACAAUUGAUUGAGAAAUUUAAAACUUUGUCAUCAAAGCGGACAGAGUACGUACAGAGAGACACUCUGCACUUGCUGUAUGGCAGAGUUGACACGUUUCGACCUAAAAUACUAUGGCAAUGAUAAGGCUCUUGGUCGCACGUAAUGAUUAUAGAGCAACGUCGCCAAUGUGAUCGUCGAAUGAAUUUAAUUGAGGCCAAAAAACACACCAUCCACUAAAGUAUGCUUAUAUUGAAAGUUAAAUAACAUUAAAUGUUAUGUGUAAAUUUAAUUAGAGCUAUGAUCAUCCAGUGAAAUAAAUAAAUUCCUACGAUGCACCUUGCUGUUCCAAUGCAUCGCAUAUUGCAAAAAAUUGAUAGUACAAAACAGUCUGAAGAUGGUAGCAACGAUUCUAUAACGAUAAUAUGUACAUUAUUGUUUUGAUGAGCUUUUUAGGAGAUUUGCUUAUGCUGCAGUGAAAACCUCCCCUUUUACUUACCCAAUUCCUAAACAAUAUCAAAUAAAAACUCAUGUUAAAACCACACAAAUCUAAAUUGACAGAGUAUAAAUGCUCAAACUCGUGUAUAGUUAAAUCUUUAAGAAUACAUAAAACAAAAAACAUCCUCAUCAUCGUCAACAGGAUUAUAGACGCAACUCAUCAACUGGACGUGGAAAUCGAACACCACCGCCCCCUCCCCCACCAAUGGUUUCGACAACAUCGACAUCUAACUACCGUAAUACUGGUGGAGCAAAUACAACUAGCAAUUCGUAUCGUGGGACAAACUCACGCAACGAUCGAGAUGACUCCACUGCUAAUACCAGCCGUCACCGGUCUCCAAUGGGCAUACAAAAGCGUCCCAUACGCACUGGUUACGUUUCAAGAGCUCGUGGAAAUAUGUCCUCAUAUCAUCGUGGUGGGAUGCGCACCACUAUAUUAAGGGGCGGUGUGCGCAUCAUUCGCAAUAACCGGAAUGAUUCAAACGAUUUGCGUAUUAUGCGACGAAAGCUGCUGUAUGCACAACAGAAAGAUCGCGCACGUGUAUUAAAGAUACAGCGCCUCACAAGCUCAUUACGUCGUCGUAGGAUAGUGCGUCGUUCGAAGAGUCCACGUCGUUCCAAGAAGGGUGAUUCAUCAGAUGACGAAGAGGAUAAUGAUAAAGACAACGAUAGCGACAAGGACGAUAGCAAGAGUGACACCGAGACAAAGAAAAAGACAUCGAAGCGCAGCAGCAGUAAACGUGGCAAAUCUUCGGAAAAAGGAGAUGAUACCGAGAAAGCAGGUGACGGUGAUGCUGACGAAGAUGAUGAUGAUGUAGAGGGUGAUGAGGGAUCUAAAUCGGCGAAGAAAAGUAAAAAGGGUGAGGAUUCAUCAGCAGAAACUGAUGAUCAUAAGGAUGAAGAAGAUGAUGAUGAAGAGCAAGGAGGUGAUGGAGAAGUUGAAGGUGCCACAGGUGAUGCAGCUACUGAUCCAGAUAAAGAUAAUGGUGAAAAAGAGGUAAAGAAAGAAGGUAAGAAAAAAGAGAAGGAGAAGGAAGAAGAUGAUCACAAAAAGGAUAAAACCAAAAAGAGUUCAUCCUCGAAGAAGGAUAAGGAGAAAAGUAAGGAUAGCAAAGAGAAACGAAAGAAGGACGAUCAUAGCGACGAUGAAUCAGAGAAGAAAGAUAAGAAAUCACACACUUCACGUCGUGAUGACUAUAACAAAUCACGCAGUACAGGGUCAAGGGUCAAUCUGACAUGCAUUCAUUGUCAUACAGGCUGUUUCACAUAUCCGGACUAUCAACAACACUUGUAUUCUCGGGUUCAUAAGAACGCGAUCCGACAAAUCUCACUUCGUCAAAAGGCACAUUUGUUACGCCUGCGUGCUCGCCAACGUGCGGCACAACGAGAAAUUGAGGAGAACUCGAAAGAGGAGUAUGAAUCCAAGUUUUGUCACUUGUGUCGCCUCCAUUACCGCCAACCGAAGGCUAAACAUCAAUUGUCCGAGCACCAUAAGACUAUGAAAAAGUUCUUGAUGCCAUAUUGUUCAACUUGUCAUUUGGCAUUUAAGAGCCCAAUGCUUUACGAAACACAUCGCUGCUCAUUGGAGCACUUAAAGCGCAAAGCACGAAAACGUGAUUCAGAUAGUGACAACAGUGAUGAGGAUACCAGAGAGAUUGACUUGAACAAAUUCCUAACCGUAGAUUCGGUGGGUGAAAUUGACGAAAUAGACGACAUGGAUGUGGAUGCUUUGCUAAAUGAAGGUGAAGGUGGUACAGAUGGUGAAGAGAACAGCAAAGAGCGACAACCCGUUGGCGGUUCGUUUAUUAAGAAGGUUGACGCAUACUUUUGCGAACUUUGCAACCAUUAUUCAGUCGCAAGUGAUUCUGUAGAAUCAUAUGCUAAAAAGCAUUGCUUACUACGUUCACAUCUCAAGGCAUACUUACGUAAUAAAGAGGAAGAAGAAAAGGCAGCUAAAAAGGCUAAGGUGAAGGAAGAAAAGGAGGAGGCUGAAAAUGAUAAAAGGGACUCUAUAAAGAAAGAAAACGAUGCUGAACAGGAGGAUGAUAAGGAUGCUGCCGAAGGAAACGGUCAUGAAAGUGGUGGCGAAGAGGGUGAAGAAGUUGGGGAAGAUAAGCUUUGGGAAGAUGUCGAUAAAGACUUGGGUGACUUAUUGCGAGAAGUCGGUCCAGAGGAUCGUGAUGAUGAGGAAGAAGAUGAAUCUGUGCUCAACAUUGAUAUUGAAAGUGAGAAACCAAAAGCUAAAGAGAUAAAUGGCAAGAAGGAGGAACCGGCUGCUGCCCCACAAACCGUAAAGCCCGCUCCGCCUGAGGUGAAGGAAGUAAAAGAGGUGAAAGCUGAAACUAAGAUACAAACAACACCAGCUAAACCCAAGCCACAGCGCAAAGUGGCUUCGGCCACUAAAACAUCUGCAUCCUCUGAAGCGAAGGAAAAAUCGGCAGCAGCAAAAUAAAUUAUACACCAUAAUUUAACAACUCUCAUUCUUAGUGGAAAAUAUUUAAUUUAAUAACUUUUGGAACUGUAAACUAUCGAAUAAGUUUUAUGGACUUGCUAAUCUUAAAAGGGUUCUAAUAUAAGUGUUUUAAUCGUUACUGUUUAAUGCUGACAUUGUAUGACCUAAUACGCAUUAACUGUAAUAAGAUGUGCAGGAAUAAAUACACAAAUAAACAAUAAUAGAA